AUUGUGUCGCAUCUGACGCUACGAGAUCUCCUACACCUGACCUGGACGUCCAGACACUUCCGUGAGAUGCUCAUGAGCAAGUCGCGGAAGCACCUCUGGGCAGCUGCCAGACGCAAUGACUCCGAGCUGCCCGACCCGCCUCCGAGUAUCAGUGAACCUCGUUUAGCAGCUGUUCUCCUUUCUUCUUUCUGUUUCGUGAGUGUUUGGCUCGAUGUCGUCGGAAAGGAAUGCUGA